AUGUCCAACAUUAAUCUUCCUUUGUCAUAUCCUGCCGAGGAUGGACCCCUACCCAACUCGAAGGGCCAUGCGCCCGAAGGAAUGUCGUCAACAUCUCAUCUCCUGCCAACCUCGCUCCCACCACCACCUCCUCCUGGCGCAUAUCCGGAUAAUCCACCGAGACACAUGAAUUAUGAAGGCGCAACUUCUAUGCCCCCAACACUGGGUGGCUAUCAUGCGCCCAGCUUCCUACAGCCUACUCCCGUACCUCAUCAGAUGCCCUAUGAGCAACAUGGAGGUUAUCCUCCAAACACUCAGGAACCCUUCUAUGAUGGGUAUUCGUCGCCCGUCCUGACUAAAAAGAAGAACACGCGAGCUUCUCAGGCGUGUGAGAGUUGCCGGCGACGGAAACAUAAAUGUGAUGAGCAGAUACCAUGCGGAAUGUGCUCGGGAAAGGGCGUGGAAUGCAAAUACCGUGACCCAGUCCUUAAGCCCACGGACAAGGCUCAGGCCGAUAUCCGGGAUGGUCUCAAUACAGUUCUGGCUUCACUUGAUUCGAUCAUGUCGCACCUGGGGCGCUUCGACCAGAGAUUGACCAAUAUGGAAUCCCUCUUGCACCAGCAUAUCGCGACAUUAACUCCAACGACAGAACCAUCAGCGGACGACGAGUACAAGUGCGCGCCAGCAUCGCCUUACGUGGCUAACGACGCUUCUGCCGACCAUUGCUACGCCGAUCCUUACCGCAAUCACACCUCAUCGGAAUCUAUGCCACUUCGUAUGAUGGCUGAAGAUGAAAUGGAGGUUGAGCCCGGUCCACCUGUUCCCCCUGGUGAGCCCGCGAUUCCCAUCAAUCAUACGACUUUAGCAGGCCUGCUCUUGGAAUGGCCUUCCAUUAGGGAGCUUGCAAAACACCACGUUGAGCGCGAAGGUGUCCGAUUCAUCAGCGAAUACCCCAUCAGCCAAGAACAAAACAGAGGUGUUAUGAUGGUUUAUGGGCAAGGUGAAGAUGGUCACCCAUCGCGACAAGUUCGAGAACCGACCGACCAUGGCCACUUGGACAUGGCGGACGAUUCAUCCGAUACCGCAUCUCCUUCACCGGCGGCUGAUUGGGGCCAGCUUGGUGGACUCAGCCCUCCUGAUCAAGUGGAAUACAAGGGGGGCGUUUUGGUUGAUGGCAACCCUGACUUCUCUGAGCCGAAAGUGUGGGCGUAUGUGGAAAGUUUCAAGAAAAACAUUCUCAACAUGCACCCUAUCAUUGAGCCCAAGAUUUUAGACGAUUUGGUCAGGCACUUUCUGGAUAACCUCCCAGCAUCACAGCCACGUUCAGCGAAACCACAAACAUCAAAGCCCACCUUUGACGUUGGAGGAGGCUCGCAGACGGAAGAAGUGGCAGGCUCAAAGAGAAAACGACCGCCGGGGUUGGAUGGCUCCGAGCCACCACCCGCGCCAUCUCGCACUGGUCGACCAGAUCGGUCCAUCCACACCGCUCUGGUUCUCACGGUUCUGGCUCUGGGUAGCGUUUGCCUUCACCGCGAUAAUGUCCCUGAUGCUGUCCUUCGCAAUGGAGCCAUCCCGCCGCCGUCCGAUCGACGCCCUCGCCGGCGAUGUUCGUCCCAAUCGCACUCGUCGUCGGGUCUGCCCUCGCCGAAGGAGGAAGGGGAUACGAAACUUGACGACCGUCCAUUAUUCCGUGGCGUGGGUGCUUCCGGCGCUGGUAGCAGCCCUACGAAAAACUACGAGGUGAUUCCUGGCUUAGAAUACUUUGCAUAUGCUACGGAUAUCCUUGGCAACCACACUGGCGCGUACAACAUGAAUAAUGUAUACGCCAACAUCUUUGCUGGGUUAUAUCAUGGCCAGCUGGGUAGACCAAUGGAGAGUUUUGCGUUCAUUCACACGGCCAGCCACAAGCUGCAGGCCAUUAUGCGACCGAGCUUGGACAAAAUGAGACGAAUCAAGCGCAACAACGAGUUCAUUCAGGAAACCAAGUACAACCAAUUUUCUCUCGCAUUCUGGACCUGCCUGCAGUUAGAAAGUGAUAUCAUUGCAGAGAUGCAACUCCCUCCAUCAGGCCUGCUCUCGCACGAAGAUGAUAUGCCGCACCCCAACAUGAGUCUCUUGCAAGGUUUCGACCAGCGUAUCCUCGACAGCUACCCAGGCCAGCUAUAUCUACGAACUCACCUCAACAGCAUCCACCGAAUGUUCUACGCCCCUGAGGAUCAGGCUAAACCAGGCAAGGAUAAGUUAGGAAAUGUUGGCGUUGUUUCUGAUGCUGUCUCGGGCAUGCAUUGGGUCGCUCCCAGUUUCGCAUUCAGAGAGGAUGAUCCACCCGCAGAUGAUAUUCUGGCGGCAAGAUUGCGAGCAAAGUACUGGGGAGCCCAGGCGAUUACUUACCGCCCAUUCAUCCAACAAAUUCUGCAGUUCUCGCACUCUAUCAAGAACCAUGCAUCGAGCCCCAACUUUCCCAGCGUCAUCUCCGAGUUUCGACAGGAUAUCACUGCACCUGCCAUGCACCCCAAAGCCAGAACGCAUGGCGAUAUCGAUCCUCAAGUUGUCGAGUUGGCCAAAAAGGGCAUCAAGGCGCUUAUCGAGAGCACCCGUGCCUUCCAUGGUCUCGGAGACAAGAGGCCGAUUAUCACCAAUAUUUUCGGCACAGCUCACGCGCAAUGGGGAAACCUGUUAAUCUUAUCAGCUGCAUUCCGUGACCCAAUUCUUCACACUUAUGUGGAUGAGGAACUCCUCCGAACACUGUUCCACAAGACGAUCCAGUUCUUGCGACAGUCGGCAACAGCAACGAGCGCACUUCGAACGGACAUGCAUAUUCUCGAAGGCCUGCAGAGAGAUCUUUUCAGCUAUGAUCAUGAUCCUCGGACCAGCUGGAGCUUCUCGAGCGGCACAAGCGCACCUAGCUGCCAUACUCCAAGGCCUGGUCCCAUGGCUGCGCAGCCUCGGAUGCCUCAUCAAAUGGGCGACCAAGGGCAUCUACGAUCCAUGCCUCACCAUUUACAGAUGAACCCAUCGCACCGGCAGUGA